AAACCAAAAAAAAGCCUAAAAAGCCGACCUUUUUUCUUUCUUUCUCUCCUCUACCUCUCAGCUUCUGCUGGAUCUCUCCAGCAGACACGAUCUUGUUCGGAGAGAUUCGUAGGGUAAAGGGUUUCUCUUCUUCUCUAUUUUGCUUUCACCUUUAUAAUCUUUUCUGGGUCUCGAUUUUGUUUUCUAAUUUCAUUUCCAUUUCGAUUCGAUUCCUCCUUUGUGUGGGAGGCCUUUGUUCGGUCAACUUAUGUGUUCUGUUUUUGUCUCUUUUUUAUUGAUUAGGGACCGAUCUAUCAAGGCUUCAAGGGCAAACAGAAAUGGACCACGACAAGACAGGAUGCCAAAGCCCACCUGAAGGUCCCAAGCUAUGUACUAACAACUGCGGUUUCUUUGGAAGCGCUGCCACAAUGAACAUGUGUUCUAAGUGUCACAAGGAUAUGUUGUUCCAACAGGAGCAGGGCGCUAAGUUUGCAUCUGCAGUGUCUGGAACAUCGUCAUCCAGCAACAUCAUAAAGGAAACCUUUACCGCUGCGUUGGUCGAUAUUGAAACCAAAUCCGUUGAGCCGAUGACUGUUUCUGUACAGCCAUCCUCUGUCCAAGUCGUUGCAGAGGUAGUAGCACCAGAAGAAGCUGCGAAACCAAAGGGACCAAGCCGAUGUACUACUUGCAAUAAGCGGGUUGGCCUGACUGGAUUCAAAUGUCGCUGUGGGAGCCUCUUCUGCGGAACACACCGCUAUGCAGACGUACAUGACUGCUCCUUCAAUUACCAUGCUGCUGCGCAAGAGGCGAUAGCUAAGGCAAACCCGGUUGUGAAAGCAGAGAAGCUUGACAAAAUCUGAAAAUCUAAGUAAACUUCUCUGGUUUCAUCAGGUGGCCUGGUGUUUCCUUCUCCUGUCUGUGUCUGGUUCAAGUAUUCUCAUGUUAAAAAGGUUUUAUAUAAGGUCGAAUGAAAGCGUGCUUGAUCUUUAGCGUCUUCCAUCUCUCUGUGGUGUGGAACUUUCUAUUAUCUGUGUUUGCAAGCAGAGAAACGUGCUCUUAAAAAAAAUGCUUUGUGUGUUUAUCUUUCUACUAUUUUUGAGCACUGUGUUAUUGUUUCCUGUUUGGUCUGUAUCAUAUUGAGAUUGUCUCUGUAGCUACAUGAAGCUUAUUUAAAAAGGCCUGUGUUUGUCCUUCAAUCAGUGAUUCCUUUCAAUUUCUCUGGUUGGUGAGUUAUGUAACUUUGCAAAGUCAUGAGCUUACUAUAUAUGUGUAUAUAUGGGUCG